AUGGGCGACACUCCACUGGCCUCCCUGUCUUUGACUCACGUUCACUACAACCCCGAGGAUCCGCUGUCCUUUGCGUCGGCAUGGCUGGCACUACUGCCCCAGGCUCUUUGCGUCUCCUAUGCCACCCUGGUCUGGGCCUCGAGAGAGGUGGAGGUGAUCCUGAUGUUCGCUGGACAGCUGGGCUGUGAGGCAUUGAACUUUGUGCUGAAGCGCAUCAUCAAGGAAGAGCGCCCGAAGGGCGCUAAUGUGGUCAAAUGCAUGUCUACAGAAAUGUUCGGCAAAGGUUACGGCAUGCCAUCCUCCCACGCUCAAUUCAUGACCUAUUUCGCCAUUUACAUGUCCCUCUUCCUCGUGUUUCGACACUCUCCAUCCUACGCGGGCUCCUACCCUUACUCUGAUUUCCUGCUCCGAACUGCCUUGACGGUGGGGCUUUGUGCCAGCGCGGUCGCGGUUUCUGCCAGUCGUGUCUACCUGAGCUACCAUACCCCCCGACAGGUUCUGGCAGGCUCCGUGGUUGGUUUCGCAUGUGCCUGUGGCUGGUUCGUGGUCACUGGGCUGCUCCGACGCUCGGGUUGGAUUGACUGGGUGACCGAGCUGACCGUAUCUCGUCUGUUGCGAAUUCGCGAUCUGGUGGUGAGUGAAGACUUGGCCGAGGCCGGCUGGCAACGAUGGGAAGGACAGAGGUUGAAGAAGCGCCACAGUGAAGCGGGCAAGUCGGACUGA